CUUGCCUCUCCUCGUCCUUUCGUUCGUCCUCAGUGCAGGAUAACGAGGCAGUCAUCUUCUGUACCUUCUCGAAAACGAGUAUUUGGCUUUGGGACACGAUAGAUAAGCUUCACUGCAGAGUCCUACGUACAAUACGAUUAAAAGGGAGGAUUUCGCUAUCAAGUACCCCUUGACAAUCAUCAUUACUGCUGAUAAUGGAUGUAAUAGUGCGUCGCUGUCCAUUCCUGGCUCGUGUGCCCCAGGCCUUCUUUCAGCAGCCCAAAAAGUCUCUGGUAGUUUAUGCUCAGCGAUGCCCCAUCAUGAUGGAGCUGGCUUCAAAACCGAUGGCUCCAUCAAUGGCACGGGCCCUCUGCUCCUCCUCCUCCUCCCACCAGAAGACAGAAAACAUUGUGUCUGGCACUGAAGCUCCCAAACAGGAACAGGAGCCUAAGAUCCCCGCUGGCCAUCCAAUGCCACCCUCAGGCCAGGUGAUGGCCUCUAAAUGCCCUUUCCUAGCAGCUGAGAUGGGCCAAAAGAACAGCAGUGUGGUUCGCCAAGUUGGCAUUGAGUUCCAAGAGGAUGUUCAAGAAGUCCGCACUGUGCAGAAGGAAGUGUCCACUACACAGAUGAAGCAGCCUUCCUUAGCCAGCACCACCAAGGGAAGCCCAGAAAAGCAGACUAAUCUGAUGCAAACCCUCCUGAAACAACGACCUAAAAGGGUCUCUCAUUUGCUGAAGGACAAUUUACCAGUGUCACCCAUCCAUUAUGAUGACUUUUUCGAGAAGAAAAUAGAAGAGAAGAAGCAUGACCACACAUACCGUGUGUUUAAAACUGUGAACCGUCUGGCCAAUGAGUUCCCCAUGGCAGAUGACUUCACAGGCUCUUUGGAUGAAAAGAGGGAGGUGUCGGUGUGGUGCAGUAACGACUACCUGGGCAUGAGCCGACAUCCACGAGUCGUGCAGUCCAUCAUGGAUACCUUACAGAGGCAUGGUUCUGGAGCAGGAGGUACCAGGAACAUCUCUGGGACCAGUAAAUUCCAUGUGGAACUGGAACAAGAACUGGCUGACCUCCACAAAAAGGAUGCAGCACUUCUAUUCACCUCCUGCUUUGUCGCCAAUGACUCUACCCUUUUCACCCUUGCCAAAAUGCUGCCUGGUUGUGAGAUCUACUCUGAUGCAGGAAACCAUGCUUCAAUGAUCCAGGGUAUUAGAAACAGUGGUGCUAAGAAAUUCAUUUUCCGCCACAAUGAUGUGGCUCACCUUCGAGAGCUGCUGCAGAAGGGAGAUCCCACUAAACCAAAGAUUGUGGCCUUUGAGACUGUCCAUUCUAUGGAUGGUGCUGUAUGUCCACUGGAAGAAAUGUGUGACGUGGCCCAUGAAUUUGGCGCCAUUACCUUUGUCGAUGAGGUUCAUGCUGUGGGCUUGUAUGGUGCCAGAGGAGGUGGCAUCGGAGACAGGGAUGGCGUCAUGCAUAAGAUGGAUAUCAUAUCAGGGACACUAGGCAAGGCCUUUGGCUGUGUGGGUGGCUACAUCGCGAGUACAUCUGCCCUGAUUGACACGGUUCGUUCCUACGCUGCUGGUUUCAUCUUCACCACCUCUUUGCCUCCAAUGCUCUUAGCUGGAGCCAGGCAGUCAAUCCAGGUUCUUAAAGGGGAAGAGGGCCGUACACUAAGACGGAAACACCAACGCAACGUCAAGCUGCUCAGACAAAUGCUGAUGGACUCAGGCCUACCAGUGGUGCACUGCCCCAGCCACAUCAUCCCUGUCCGGGUUUCAAAUGCAGAGAAAAACACAGAAGUGUGUGACAUCAUGAUGAGUCGCCACAACAUAUAUGUGCAGGCCAUCAACUAUCCCACUGUAGCCAGGGGAGAAGAGCUUCUACGUAUUGCCCCAACUCCUCAUCACACCCCGGAGAUGAUGAAAUAUUUUGUUGAGAGGCUGGUGCACACAUGGAAGGAGGUGGGUCUGGACCUGAAACCCCACUCAUCAGCAGAGUGUACAUUCUGCCAGCAGCCACUGCACUUUGAGCUGAUGAGUGAAAGAGAAAAGUCUUACUUUAGUGGCCUCAGCCACCCUAUCUCAGCCUGUGCAUAACACUAAUCACUACAGCAAGCGAGAGAAGGCCCAUGCACAUUCAGCACCCAUUCCUCUGUCACUGUGAUAGAAUGUAUUUGUUCUCUUUGGUAGGUCCUCCUACAUAUUAUUAUUUAAGAUAUUAUAUGUUGAGAUGUUCUCUAUGCCCAUAAUAAAUCAUGAGAAAAUGAA